AGAUAUCUUAAGAGAAAAGCGACGGGAUUUGGGUUCAUCACGACGAUCGUCUCUCCUCGCUCCUCUCGCCUGCGCAUCCCGUCCCUUCCACCUUUCCUCUCCCUCUCUCCCUCCCUCCCCGAGGCUGUUCAUCCUUGCAGUUUACCUCCCCUCCUGCAAGAAUGGGCUGGCCAGUGUGCAAUUCCACUACGGAAGAUGAGACCAUCACCGAGGUUGACCUCUGGGAUGGUGGCAUCACCUUCCAUGAGCUCUGCCUGAUCGUGGGCGGAGUUUUCGGUCUCAUAUCCAUACUAGUUUCCUUUUACCUGAUUGCAAUGCAUGCCACACAUUACAGCAAAAAGAUCGAGCAACGGCAUAUUAUUCGAAUCCUGUUGAUGGUCCCCGUUUACGCCGUCGUCGCAUGGCUCGGCACCUACUUUUACAAGAACGAUGUCUACUACGAUGUGAUCGGCAAUUGUUACGAAGCAUUUGCGAUUUCCGCCUUCUUCUCCCUGAUGUGCGCCUACAUCGCGCCCGACCUCCAUAGCCAGAAGGAAUAUUUCCGCGGAGUCGAGCCCAAGCCAUGGGUUUGGCCGAUCCCGUGGAUGCAGAAGUGUAUGGGUGGUGAGAACGGCAUUUGGCGGACUCCGCGGAGCGGCUUGACAUGGUUCAACGUCAUUUGGGUGGGCGUUUUCCAAUACUGUCUCCUCCGAGUCCUCAUGACCAUCGUUGCGGUCGUCACGCAGGACUUCAACUUGUACUGCGAGGAAUCCCUCAACCCUGCUUUCUCGCAUAUUUGGGUUAUGGUCGUGGAAUGUAUUGCGGUCUCGAUCGCUAUGUACUGUCUGAUCCAGUUCUACAUCCAGAUUAAAGAUGAUAUCAGCCAAUAUUCCCCAUUCUUGAAAAUCCUCUCGAUCAAGCUGGUGAUUUUCUUGUCAUUCUGGCAAUCGACUUUGAUCUCCUUUCUCACCUCCGCCGGAGCCAUUAAAACGACCUCCAAGAUCCAGAACCCCGAUCUCAAAGUCGGACUUCCGAACCUCCUCAUCAACAUCGAGAUGGCCUUCUUUGCGGUCCUUCAUCUGUGGGCGUUCUCUUGGAAGUCCUAUUCGCUCAACAGCCAACCAGCCGAGGUCACCGACUUUUACGGCAACGGCAAAGGCAGUUAUGAAGGCGGUCGUUUCGGCAUGGGGGCCCUGCUGGACGCCCUGAACCCAUUGGAUCUCAUCAAGGCCGUUGGACGUAGUUUCCGCUGGCUCUUCGUCGGUCGGAAGAGGCGCACGAUGGAUCCCAGCUACCACCACACCGCGAAUGAUGCGUUCAAUCUGAACGCCACGGAGACUGGAAUCGACACCCACGACACUGCAUACACCGGUGCCGGCACAGUAAUGGGCGGUGGACGCUACAGUCCCCCUGACGAUGAAGGGCAGGUACUCUUGUCGCACGCGCAGCCAAGUCCCGGUGGACUCGUGCCCCCGAUGGAGGACGACAACGACCCGAACCGGUUCUACAACCAUAACCGAGUCAGCGCCACCUCGCUUCUGGAACCAGCGGCGUCACAUACGGCCCGGCCCUACUCCCCCUACGAGGAGGACGCAUACAACCCAUAUCUCGUCAACUCCCACCUCGAACAAGACCACUACAACAAACCCAGCCCUGGCAAUCCGCCCUACCCAGACCACGCCGAACCGGCCAAUCCAUACCACCCGGAACCCUACCAGCCAGAACCCAUCCGCCCCUACCGCGCCGAUCCCACUAUUCUCCAAGAACAGCCUCCCAUCCCUCUCCCGGAAUCCUACCAACCCCCUCCCCCACAGUAUGAGAGUGACCACCAACAACGAAGGUGAAGCAACGAGAAUCAAUUCGACGAGCAAAAAAAAAAUAUCCGCCUUGGCGGAAUGAUGACCCAUCCAAGUCUUCAUGCAUGUCUUCUUCCUUCUGGUAGCGAGAGCCAACGCUAGCCGUUAUAGCUAGCGUGUUUGUGUUUGUAUCCCGGCGUUGGUUUUGUCUGUCUGCCGUAUAAUACCCUCUGUUUUUGGGCUUGCAUCUUGUUCUUUCUUCUUUUCCUCGUUAGUUUAGCUACUACCUAUAUGAGAUCACGGUAUGAAGAUUGAGGUUUUCAUGAGUCUAGACUUAUACCUUUGUUUUGUUGGGAGGGUUUAAUCUGUUCUGUUCUGUUCUUUCUUUUCUGGCCUGACCUUUGGGGAAUGAGAGGUUAGAU